AAUUUGAGAUAUUGUCAAUUUACGUCGUGUCAAUUCUUGAAAAGAAUACAUAGUACGUACAUCUAAACAUUGGAAAAUUGAAGUAUGGUUAAAUUUAGACGAAAGUAUCCCCUUUCCAUUUUUUGAAUACUACUGUAUUCAAUGAUCUACAGAUAUCCUUAUUGAUCCCGAAAUGUUUGGCUUUAGUCGCGAAGCAAUCAGAGUUAAAGUUAAAAAAUGCGAGGGUUCCCUUCCAGCAGAAUUCAGAAAAUUCAGUGUGGACCCCCAAAUUACAUCAUUCGAAGUUCUUCAGAGUAUUCUUGCUAAAGCUUUUGAUUUAAAGGGAGAUUUUGCAAUAUGUUGCCGCAUAGAUGACGGAUUUGAUAAUGGAAUUUAUCUUCCAUUAGUGUCAGAUUGGGACUUAGAUGCGGCAUUCUUGAAGGCUCAAAACAUAUCCUUAGUGACUAAAAAUGAACCUUGUUUAUGUCUUCGAGUUGAUUUGAAGCCCUUUGAGGAAUGUUCUGAUGAUUUCGAGAUCAGACAGCCAAUUAUAGCUCAAAAUCGAAUAAAACCCUUGGUACCCCUGCAAGAAACCAAGCAGCAACCUAGGCUUCAUGGAAUUUUCAACCAGGUUGGGAAAACCAUUAAUAUGAUGCAACGUGCUUUCAAUUUUGGGGAAGAUGUUGGCAAUAACACUACUCUACAGUAUGUACCAAAAGCACCAUUGUCUGAUGCAGAAUUUCGUAGGUUUCUCGAUCCAGUUGGACAAAUAAUAAAUGCCAAGGAGUUAAGAUCUUGCAUUUAUUUUGGGGGCAUUGAACCUAGUCUAAGAAAAGUCGUUUGGAAGCACCUUUUGAACGUUUAUCCAAAAGGAAUGACUGGCAAAGAAAGAAUGGAUUAUAUAAAGAAAAAAGCUUUAGAGUAUUAUUCUUUGAGGGAACUCUGGAAAACUGCAAUAGCUCAAGGAUCAGUAGAUGGUGAACUAGCUUAUACUACAGGGAUGGUGAAAAAAGAUGUGCUAAGAACUGAUAGGCAUCAUGAAUUUUAUGCUGGAAAUGAUGACAAUCAGAAUAUUGCAUCACUCUUUAAUAUCCUCACUACAUAUGCUCUGAAUCAUCCAAAAGUAAGCUAUUGUCAGGGUAUGAGCGAUCUUGCAUCACCUCUAUUAGUGACAAUGAACGAUGAAGCUCAUGCCUAUAUUUGUUUCUGUGCUCUUAUGGAAAGACUUUCUACAAAUUUCAUGAUAGAUGGUAUAGCAAUGACUCAAAAAUUCACACAUCUAUCUGAAGCUAUCAUGUAUUAUGAUUCAGAAUUUUAUAACUACCUCAAAAUGCAUCAGGCUGAUGAUUUAUUGUUCUGUUACCGAUGGCUUCUAUUGGAAAUGAAGAGAGAGUUUGCCUUCGAGGAUUCAUUGCGUAUGCUGGAAGUAUUAUGGAGUUCUCUUCCAGCCGAUCCUCCUGCCGUUGAAUUGAAAUUGUUUGACGUUAAGUUUCAACUGACGCCUUUGAGUACACCUCCUAUGAGUCCUUUGGUGAAAACGCCGCGUGAAAAUGCUUAUUCCAAAGUUUGUGCUAUAAGACGACGCAGUUCUUCUAUGUCGUUGAACAGUUUCAAAAACAAACGGAAACUGGACAAAGUGAAACGAUUGAAUCAAAGCUUAGAUGAGAUGUUAACGAAAUCUAGGAAUCUCAGCGAAAUUAAACCAAAGCAACAAAGUUUAGAUGAUGCUGCUUUAUACAUUAAAAAUAAGGAAAAUUCCCCAAAGAGAUCACGAGCAGUGAAAUCACCAAAAACUCCUAAUCCUAGCGAAACCUCCCCAGUAUUAGAAGGCUCAAAUGAAAUAGGUUGCGAACAACCUAAACACCUAUCCAAACCUGAACCUAGGGCUAGAUCUGUGUCACCCUUGGAACAGAAAUCUGAUUCGGCUGUAAUAUUGAAUAACCAUAUAAACACCUGUAAAACUAAGACACGCAGUUCCAGUUUGUCUUCCAGUAUGACUAACCUCAAUAAAAAUAAAAAGAAAGGAGGUAAUCAUUUCAAAGAACUCAAGGCUAAAAUUGCUUCAUCCAAACUAUUCUCUUCUUUAGAUCAAUUAGAAUCGACCGAUAUAAAGGAAGAAACGGAAAAUAAACCUCCUAAAUUAAUAAAAAAUUUCAAUGAAUUUUUGCAUUUAGCAUCUGUUAAUAAGAAUAAAAUAUCAGAUAAAAUUUUAAAAUUCAGUACUGAAACCUGUGUUGAUAACCCGAAAAUUACUCUCACCAAGUCCAGUCUUGAUGAUUCAGAUACAUCACAAAACUCAUCGAAUUUUUCAAAAUCAAGAUGUAUGUCGACUACAUCUUGCAGUGGAGAUGAUACUUUCGAAGAUUAUAGUCCUGACGAAUAUUUUCCACUCACUACAUCUGUUACUAGGGAAUUGAGGUUAGAGAUGGAUAACUUGGAUCGGAGAGUUUUCGGAGAACAUUUUAAUGAUCGUUUGAUAGAUUCUUCGCCUAGUGAGUGCACCAACGAUUGUCAAACUGAAAGAGAAAACGAUGAAAUUAAUCAUAUCACGAAUGCCGUUAAAGAUAUUGAAUUAGAAAAAGCAGAAGAAAUUCUUGAAAAUAAAAGGUGUGAUGACGUCUUCAUUUGGGAGAACCCUUUGCAUCAAUCUAGUCCCAGCUCGCAUAAACUGCUCCCCUGUGAAAACCUCCAAUCAUCAUUAGAUUUAAAUUCAGAAUUACCGACUAUAGUCAAUGAAGUAUCGGCUUCAAAAACAGUGACCCCUAUCAGAAUCAUAAACUAUACUCAAACGUCUAACAAUUUUGCCGAAAUACAAUCUGUACCAAUUGAACCUAGCAUAGAAGCUUCUCCCGAAGAACCCUUGCAGAAUAUGAGCAUUGACAAUACAAUAAAAAUGAACGGUGUAGAUAUGACCAAUUCCUGCGAGGAAGUUACAGAAAAUGUGAGAAGUGCAUUUCUUCCACCUCCCGAUGAGUUUGGAGGUGGAAAUCCAUUUUUGAUGUUUUUAUGUACUACUGUUUUGUUGCAACAUAGGGAUCACAUUAUAGAGAAAGGUAUGGAUUACAACGAAAUGGCUAUGCAUUUUGAUAAGAUGAUUAGGCGACACAAUGUUAUUUCAGUCCUUAAUCAAGCUCGGCAAAUGUAUGGGAGUUAUAUGAAAAAGCAGAGUUUGAUGUUGGGAUAUAAAAAGACUUAAUUUUCAGUCUCGUACUUAUUGUUUGAAAUUUUAUUCGUGUAACUGUGAUAUUUUAAUUUAUUCCCCAAAGUUCCAAAUACCAUUAGGGUAAUGAGGUUGAUUCAUUAGUCAUUGAAUAAAAAUAGUCUAUUAUUUUCCAAAAAUUGGUCCCCACUCUAAUACACUAUUAAUUUGUUUUAUACUGCUAGGUAAGCAAUUUGUUCAAUUUGAAUGCAAGAUAAUUUAAAUAUCUAUCUUCAGAUGCUCAGUUUAUUUCAUAAUCUGCUGUUUAAAAAUAUAUUUUACUACUUGAAAUCAUUUCUUUUUUUAUAUAAUGAAAAGUUUUUCACCUAAACCCUGUCAAUAUUUUGCUGAUUUUGUCAAUUGUAAUUGUUAGAUUUGUGAUGUUCAACAUCCGAAUGACUUAAGCACUUAAAGGUAGGACUAUUUAAAAAGUACUGAGAAUAUUCCAUGUAAAGACUCAUGAAAUAAAAUUUUCAACACCAAUAUACACAAUAUUUUUUCGUAAAUAUUAUUUUUCAAGAAGUUGAGAGCAUUGUAAAUAAGGAUAUAAGUAUUAGCAAUGGUGUUAUUUUUAAAUUUGCAUAAUUAUUUAUAUCUAUUUAAUUUGGUGCAGAUGCUUUGUCAUCUGAUGAAAUAGAAUCACCUAAAGCACUCAUUUAUUUUAAGUAAAUGGCACAAAUAUUCCACUAGCAAUAUUAUAUUAUUUGUUUUAGGUAAUCUUGAUCUUAUUCUUAAGUUUAUUAGAGGUAAUAGAUCAUUUUUGUUGACUUAAAUAAAGCCUCAUUUUUACUGCA